AAAAGCAUUUUUUACAAAUGUUUUUGCUGGGACAGGAGGUAAGUGUAUAAUGAAAGAAAGAUAGAGGAAGUGGUUGCGUCAUGUACAAUGAUAACUUAACUUAGGGUGGGUUGGUCUUAUUUGAAUCCUAACUCAAGGUAGUUUCUUUGGUUGGUUGAACCAUGAAUCCCACAUGAUUAAAAAACCACACACCCCUUGCCGCCUGCCCACAUACCUCGUCUAAUAAUAUCUCUAUGUUACUUCUAGUUUUCUACUUGUAGCAAAUAUAUCAACAAUUUACUAGCUUCUUCCCUAUUUGCUAUAUACGUCAACCACAUGCGUACUACUUACUAGUUUCCAAUUUUCUUGCUCAGUCAACCAAUGAUCACCCCCUUAAAAAAAAUACAAGAAUAAAUGUUGAAAAUGAGGGGAAAGUCAGUUCCAGGGAAGAUCACUUUGACGUUAUGCAUCGCCAGUUUUCUUGCCGGAACACUUUUCACUAGAAACACAUGGCCCUAUGCACCCAUACUUAACGAAGUUCAUUUCAAGAAUCAUGAACAAAAGAUGAGUUUACUAUCAUCUAAAGAAUGUGAUCGAAAGCGUAAAUUAGUUGAAGAUAAUUCAGGCGAUAUCAUGGGAGAAGUCACCAAGACUCAUCAAGCCAUUCAAUCAUUGGACAAAACAAUAUCCACAUUAGAGAUGGAACUUGAAGUAGCACGUGUAAGUCUACUCGGGCCUAAAUUUAUUUCAGAAAGAAUGGAGGCAUCUAACAAGACAUCUCUACAAAAAGCUUUUGUUGUCAUUGGUAUUAAUACAGCUUUUAGCAGCAAGAAACGUCGAGACUCCCUUCGAGAAACAUGGAUGCCUACUGGAGCAAAACUAAAUAAAUUAGCAAAAGAAAAGGGGAUCAUAAUAAGGUUUGUGAUAGGACACAGUGCAACACCUGGAGGUGUUCUUGAUCAAGCCAUUGACAUGGAGGAGGAAAAAUAUCAGGAUUUUUUGAGGUUGAAUCAUGUGGAGGGGUACCAUGAGCUCUCCACAAAGACACAAUUAUAUUUUUCGACAGCUGUCUCUAUUUGGGAUGCAGAAUUUUAUGUGAAGGUGGAUGAUGAUGUACAUGUCAAUUUGGGUAUGCUAGUGACUGAACUUGCACGCUAUAGAUCAAAACCAAGAACUUAUCUUGGUUGCAUGAAGUCGGGACCCGUGCUCUUUCAAAAAGGGGUAAGAUACCAUGAACCGGAAUAUUGGAAAUUCGGGGAAGAAGGGAACAAGUACUUCAGACAUGCAACUGGACAGAUAUAUGCCAUCUCCAAGGAUUUAGCAACAUAUAUUUCCAUCAACUCGGGUAUUUUGCAUAGGUACGCCAACGAAGAUGUCUCUUUAGGCUCAUGGUUAAUUGGAUUGGAUGUUCAACAUAUAGAUGAUCGUUCCAUGUGUUGUGGAACUCCUCCAGAUUGCGAAUGGAAAAAACAAUUAGGGAAUGUUUGUGUAGCUGCAUUUGAUUGGUCAUGCAGUGGAAUAUGCAAGUCGGUUGAGAGGAUGAAAUUUGUUCAUAACUCUUGUGGAGAGGGAGAAGGUGCUAUUUGGAAUGUUGAUCUUUAAAGGGUAAUUAAUGUCAACAAUGAUAAAUAAUAAGCAACUAUUUGGAGAAGAUGCCAGAAAUUGGAUCAAUGCAUAAGUUCUUUCUCAAUCCCUCUCUUCGAUGUUAUCACUAGUUUCUUGAUUCUUGUUUUACCAUGAUAUUUUUAUGACUUGUGAUUAAUAAAAUACAUGUAGUGUUUGGUACGAUGCAAUUGAGAACAGAGGGGAAUGGUUAAUACCAUUGUAAUAAAUAAAUUUUAUUUGUUUUGUGUGAUAUAAUAGAGUAGAUUAUUCUUGAAAAUGUG